CCCGCCAAGGAAUUGUCAAUUUGUCAAAUUUCAUGAAAGUAGAAUCAAAUCAAAGAAAGUUACGUUUUUACAUGCGAAGAAUAAAUAUUUAUUUUCCAUUACCUAUAUCGAAAAACUGAAACCAAAUUUCACUAAUAUGUCUAGACAAGAAGAAAGUGAAGAUAAUAUAAAAGCUAAAAUAGAUCAUUUGUGUGCGGAAUUGAAUGUUGAUUCGACUGCUGCAAAUAAAGCUAAGGAAUCAUUUUUAGAAAUCAAGCGUAAUUAUACUCUUGAUGGUGAUAUUCAACAUUGGAUUGCUUGUGGCCUGUAUGUUAUGUGCUGCACAUCACCUUCCACUCAACAAUCAAAUGCUAAGGCUGAUAAUUGCAUCAGCCUUACUAGACUUCUCAGACUUUGUAAGAUAAGUUUAUUACAGUUCUUCAGAAAGAUUAAAUUAUGGAUGGAAAUGGCAUCAAUGUCAACAGACUUCAAAGAGAAGAUGGAGACAUUGGAACACAAAUUUGCUGUGUCCGAUAGACUGUUCAGAAAAUUCAGACCUUUGUUCCAAGAAAUAUUUAAUGGCACCCCCACAAACGAUGAAAUUGAUUUAUUCAAAUUCACAUGGUGCCUCUACAUCUGUGUCAAAGGAGAGUUCCAGAACGCCAAUGAUUUAGUGGACAUGUACCACCUGCUCCUCUCCUGCUUGGACCACAUCUUUGCUAAUGCCUUCAUGGCAAAACGGACAGAUCUCAUAAAUCCAAAUUUCAAAGGUUUACCCAGUAAUUGGGGUAGUGAUAACUUCCAAGUGCCGAACAAGCCACCUUGCAUCAUUUCAAUAUUCCACCAGAUGAGUUAUGAGCAGAAACUGAUGGUAGAAGCUGCCGCUAUGAAAGAGUACAGUUACAAACCUGUCAUUAAGUCAUUUUUUGAUAAAGGGAUCUUAAAAGGGCGCGCAGAUCAACUAUUGGGUCUUUUCGACGGAGGAAAUUUUGAAGCUAAUUUCAAUUCCCUGAAUAACUUGUACGAAACUUAUGUUUUAAGUGUAGGAGAAUUUGACGAGAGGAUAUUUUUAAAUGAAUAUGCAAGUGAACGACCCGGUGGACAGCCUAAUGACGAGAUAUCAGCCGUUAUUCAGAAUUUUGGCCCGAGCGGUCGCACAUGCCCGGAGACGCCUCUCUCAGGUCAACGUUAUCUGCCGAGCCGAGGCGAGGAACUGACUCCCGUGUCCGAGGCGGCCCGCAGUAUACAGUGGCUCACCUCCUACCUGCAACACUGCCAUCCACAGCCCUCCAGCGAUCUCCUGAGAUUGUUUGCGGAAUGCAAUGUAAGUGAAGACACAAUAAACAAGAAUGUCAUAGAGCCAUGUCUCGGCUGGGCCGAGUUGUUCCGGGCUAGGAUGAGGGAACUCACCUACAGCGCUGAGACCAUCAACCAUCGCUGUAACAUGGUCACCAGGUUCUAUUAUAAGAUCUUCGAGCAUAUUAUCAGGACGGAACAUAGGAAGAAACCGCAAGUUUCAUUACAAGCACUCCUAACGCAAGAGACUUAUCAACUAACAGUAUACGCUUGCUGCACGGAAGUCGUUAUACACGCGUUCUCCAUACACUCACUUCGGUUCCCGGAAGUUCUCAAGAUAUACAACCUCAGCGCGUUCCAUUUCUACAAGAUCAUAGAGUUGGUCGUGCAAAUCAUCUUUGAGAAGUCUGAUAGGGAUAUCAUAAAACAUCUUAACACAAUAGAAGAAGUGGUGUUAGAAUCUGAAGUGUGGAAGUCUGGCAGUCCGCUGUGGAACGCCCUGGAGCGAGCUAACGUUCCUGUCUCUGCAGAUGUACAGAAUCACACCGAGCCUUUAGCUAACGGCAUUCAGUCUCGCGCGGCGCUUGUGGAACACACAAGACGGCAACUGUUCCAAGAUAAUAUACGCCCGGGACAAUCGCUAUUAGUGAACGCGGCGAGCCCGAGCGCGGAGCCGGCGUCGUCCCCGGGGAGCACCCCGCCGCGGCGGCCGCACAACUCACUCGUACUCUUUUUUAGAAAGUUCUACGGCCUAGCAGUACUCCGAAUGAACGAUCUCUGCGGUCGUCUGAGACUAACAAAUGAGGAUUUAAAACGGAAGAUAUGGAACUGUCUAGAACAUUCCAUCACGCACCACACCUCGUUGCUGAAGGACCGCCAUCUUGAUCAGAUAUUGUUGUGUGCCGUCUACGUCAUUUGUAGGGUAUGCAACAACGCUUCGAACCCCGUGGAACGGAGUUUCGCGGAUAUCAUGAGAUGUUACCGCCUCCGGCCUCUAGCAGACAACCUCGUCUAUAGAUAUGUGCUGAUCGAACCCGCCACAGAAGACAAGCCCGCGAGACGAAACGACUUGAUAACAUUCUACAACGAAGUUUACGUUCCACUUAUGCAAAAUUACGUGUUGAGAUUCAAUGGAAGACAUAGAGAUUUCCAGGACGGGCCGCUGUCGCCGCUGCCGGCGCGGCGCGGCGACGUGUCGUUCUCGCCGGCCGGCCGCCGCGUGUCGGAGCAGCACCAGCUGUACGUGCGGCCCUUCACGGCGCCGCGCGUCGCCGACUACCAGCUCACCUACUGCUUCAGCAGGAGUCCGGCUAAGGAUCUCCACGCGAUCAACAGCUUGGUGUCGUGCGAGGCGGCGACGCGGGCGGCGGGCGCGCGGCGCGGCUGCGAGGCGGGCGUGGCGGGCGACGUGCUCAAGCGGCCGCGCUUCUCCGCGCCCAACGUGGCCCGCAAGCUGCAGGGCGUCGUCAACGACCGCCACGCCGUCUAGAGGUCAUACCACAUUUCAAAGAAAAUGAACUUUUAUUUAUUAAAUUUACCAAAACUUUUUGCUUUUUAGCUCUCUAGCUGCCUCUUUUCUUAUUGAUUGACGAAUUUAAAUAUACCAUUAAAUCAUUUUAUUGAAAUUACCAAAAAAUCUUUAGAAUUAAGUACAAUUUGUAAAGUGCGGACUAAAUUUAUUUUCUUUAUAAUUAUUUAAGAGGCAUCUCCCAAAUUUUUUAAAAGCAAUCUUAUUUUUUGUGAGCCUGUUCUACUGGGGUGGGCGAUAUUUAAGCAAAAAGCUAUAGAGCUUAAAUUUAAAAACGGUAGAUUAAAAUGAUCUCAUUUUAUGAGCAAUAUAAGCCAUAUUAAAAAUUUGCUCAUUACUAUUGUAUUAUACAAUUUCCGCUUAUUAAUUAGCUGCAUAACGGAUAUUUUUUUAUAAAGACGUUAGUCACAAAGCCUACAUUGGAGUCGUCGGACAUAUUAUUUUAAUAUAAGUAAAAAUGAAGCAAGGGACCCAAAUCGAUAAAAAUUAUGGUUAUAUAUGACCCUUUUCAUUAUAAGUGACAAAAAUACAAUAACACGAAUCAUUCCUGUGUAACUUUUAAUAUUUGACCUAGUAAACGUCUUAAAAAUUACGGUACGCAAACUUAAAAAUCGAGAAGGUUUUUUUUUGUUUUUUUUUUCAUGAAUCAGUAAUUUUAUUUGUAUCGCUACACAACUAGUUUUAGUGACUUCCUUCGCUUUUUUUGUAUAUAAAAUUGGUGCAUGGUGUAUAUUUUGACAAGUCAUUAAUUUUAUAGCUACCUACAUAAAUAAAACAUUGUAACACUUGUGCUUAUAUUGGUCAUUCGUCAAGAAGUUUGCAAUAAUGUGUAAACAAUUUUCUUUUUUCAUAGUUCCUUCAUUAUCUAAAUUAUAUUAUUAGAAAUGUAUAUUUUAUUUUCUUCCAUUAAUGCUAUAUAAGUCAAAAUCAAUUUGUUUUAACUUAGAUUAGAACAUUUUAUCAUGUAUACUUCAUCUUAUGUUUACUCAACUAUGAUUUUAUAAAAACAAAUAUAUAUUUGCAAUUAGUUAUAAGAAGUAUAUGUUACUUCUUCCGAAGUAUACUUCCGAAGUAAAUAAAUUAUAAAAUUAAUUUAUCUGGGUUUUAUUUUUAUGAUUUGCACAUUGGGAAGAUUGGUUAGAAAUGAAAGUAGAAAACUUCUUUGCAUGUUUUUUUAAUUAUCUCAUUUACAUACACUUCAAAGUUGUUUCUACAUACGCUUAUGUCUACGCUAGAGACUACAUUAUUUAAUCCCAAUCUGAUUGACAAAUAUAUCGCUUAUGAACCUGUGCACAUUAUGUAUAUUCAUAAUAAGUACAAUGAUAAUAAGAUACAGAUUGAUAAAAGUGGAUUAUUUUCACUAUGUGCCGAAAAGCUUAAUGUUAAACAUAAACCAGAACAUUAUUCCAAAACGUGUGAAUAAUGCACUAGUUAGCGCCGUAAAUGCAUAUUUGUGUCGAUCCAAAAAUGUAUAAACU